CGGAAAUAUCCACAGCACGGAAAUAUAAAUGGGUAUGCCCCAAAAUGGAUUCUCAGUUGGCUUCAGUCCUGACCAGUGGCAGCCUGGAUGUCCAAAAUGGCAGCCAGUGUGCAGAGGGAUCAGGGCCAGUGACAGAGGAUUUUUUGGACCAAAAGGAAAAAGCCUCACCCAGUACUGUACCACCAGGUAACCUCCAGCCGUGCCCUGUCAGAGCAGCAGUGACCACCAGGCAGCCUGCUCCAUCAAUCAAUGGGAAUAAGCCAGAGGUGGGCGGGACUUGUAAGCCAGCCUCUCAGGAAACGAGUAAGGUCGGUGGGUUCAGACAGCCAAUCACAGUCAAGACUGGAGUGCCUGUGUUGCGCAGCCAACCAAUCAGACUCAAAAUUGUUGUUCCCCCACGGUGCAAGAGGCCAAUCACAAACUCUGCCAUCAGCCUGACCAAAGACUUUGAUCGCUCACAUUUCAGAAGACCUGUUUCAGCUGGAGCAGAAAAAAACAAAAUCCUCAUAUCUGCUGUUAAGAGUGAAGGAGAGACCAAGGAGGAUACUUAUCAUAAGACUGAGGAAGCUAAGCCAGAAUCAUUCCAGGAGACACAAGCAGAGAGAGGGGAGGAAAUGUGCAAAGGGAAACAUGUUUCGGGUGCUAAAAUUAUUCCCACAGAUGGGUCAGAAACUCCUUUAAUCUCGAGCACUAAUACAGUUAAAAUGUUGAGACUGAAAGGGAUUAAAGAGGAAACCACAGAGAGAGAAGUUGAGGAAAAUGUCCCUCUGAUUUUAAAAGAAGUGGACUUGAAGUCUUGUAAGACGUUUGAUGAGGCGGGAAUGGAGGAACAGACCGAACCGUUGGACCUGAGUUUGCCCAAGAAAAAAGAGAAUCGAGAGAGGAGGUGUGAGCGCUUCCUGGAUGACUCUGGCUGCGAGAGCUCUCUGAUUAUGGAGGUAGAUGAGUACGAGGGAGAAGGAGACAGAGAUAUAGUAGAGGAGGACGACGAUGGCAACGGACAGGGCUCUGUACUGCGUUUGGACGGCACAGACACGCUUGAAGACUCUCUCCUGUCUCCCUCUUUCUUCUCUACCUCUGUCUUCACCUCCCUGUCCUCGUUAGACUGUGACACUGAAAACCUUCUUCUCAUAGACGACCAGGGAAUCCCGUAUACUCUCAGUCCCGACGGACUCAAAGUGCCGCAAGUCGAUGCUUCUACGUCAGAGGAUCAGGCAGAAGGGAAGGGGUCCACCUCAGCAGAGCCUAGCCUCAGCCAAAGUUUAGAUAAUGCACUAAAAGCACCUUCUGAUCAUCCGUACCCCGCACCAGCACCUCCUACUGAGUCUCCAUCACAAAGUGUUGAUCAGACGAAGACUCCGGAAGUCUUCACGAGUUUGAUCACAAGCUCAGAUCCAUCGAAGGCCGCAGAGCCGAGCGUUAAAUCUGUUCAGGAGGCUGAUGCUGUUAGAUCAGUGCCCACCCAGCCCAUUCAGGUCCUCUCCAACCCUUCUGCUAACACUCCUAUCCUCCUCCUGUCCUCCUCCUCUUCCUCUCCUCAGCUCUCCUCAGCUCAGGUGGGUCUCUCGCUUCCCCUCUCAGUCGCUCAGACCACCCCUGGUGCUUCCACCCCCAUGUUCCUCCUCCUGUCCUCUGUGCCCUCCUCCUCUGGUGACUCCACCUCUACCUCCACCCCUAUCGCUGUCCUCGACCCCUCCACCGGUCAGUUCACAGCAGCCCCCGUCUCCCUCCCUUUGCCGUCCAGUCAGGUCGGCACUCUGGCAUCACCUCUGCCCGCGCUGUCCCACCCCGUCAUCAGACUGAGCCCCAACAACCCUCCCGUCAUCCUGUCAGGAGUGAACACCAUAAACUCUGACUCUGUUCUCACCUCUCUGACGGUGCGCCCGUCCUCUCCCGCUAGUCAAAACGACCACCACAGCGCCACCCUUCAUCCUCAAAUCAGCUCUUCCGAUUCAAACCCUGGAAGCGAAGCCAUAUCUGCUGAAGAAGUCUCAAGUGAAAACAACAAGCCAUCAACUUUUACAGCCUCCUCUCCGCACCCGCAGUCUGCUAGCUUGACCUACGACCCUUCAGCUCAGCCCAACUCGGAGGCCCAGUCACCAGCCUCAGAGUCCCGUUUUGACCCAACCGACCUGCACUCAGAACAUUUACCUCUGGACGACCAUCUUUACUUCUCCAACGCUGCUGCUCCCCCCUCCCCUCCUGUUGGACCCGUCCUCCCCUCUGAUAAGCUCGACCCCCUUGACCCGCUGGAUUCCCUCUCACCAGAGGGGUCACCCAACACCUUGGCCUCCCGCAGGGUGCUGUACUGCCAGCUGUGCCCACGGGUCUUCUUUUACCUCUCCGACCUUGAGCGACACGCCAUCACGCACUCGCAGAAGAAGCCUCACGUUUGCCAGCAGUGCGGCAAAGCCUUCAAACGCUCCAGCCAUCUGCAGAGACACAAGCACAUCCACACAGGCCAGAGGAACUUUGUGUGCCCCAUCUGCGCCAAACGCUUCAGGGAGGCCGGUGAGCUGCAGCGCCACCAAAGGGUCCACACUGGAGAGAAGCCCUACCAGUGCCAACUCUGCCACACGCGCUUCGCCGAGCGCAACACGCUACGCCGACACACCAAACGCAAACACCCUUACCACCAAGUAGCCAUGGAAAUGCUGAACGAGAGAAGAGACAGAGGAGGCGGAGGCGGAGGAGGCGGAGGAGGAGGAGGAGGAGGAGGAGGCGGCAGAUCCGGAGUGCAGGAGGAAGAGGAGAGUGCUGAAUGGUACAGCUCCACUGUGUCUAAUUUGGAUAACUCAGAGUCUGAGAUGGAAACUUAAAAGAGUUCCUGCAGACAGACUCCAAAGUGGAGGGGAGGAGGGCAGGGUGAUCGUACAUAACUCUGGAUAGACGCUAAACUUUCCUUAUUAAUUAACAUUCAAAAAAGGGAGCGCUUGCAAUAUUUAUUUCAAUGUUUUUCAAGCUAAUUUAUUUAUAUGAAUGUGUAUUAUUCCCUUGCCAUUUAAUGGUUAAAAAUUCAGUCUUCGACGUCAUACAUGAUUUUGACAUUAGCUUUCCUGUAUGAAAAAAGUGUCAUAUGUGUAUAUGAGAGGGAAAGCUCAGGCUUGAAAUCAUGGUUUUUAUGUGAGUUCAGAAUAUUAAUUGGGCUGCUAACUUGAAGUUGCAUUCCUGUACAAUCCAAUAUAAAACCCUCAAGUGCUCAGAAAAGAAGGAUAACUUAUUUACUCUAAACGAUCCUCUGCUCUAGUUGUGUAUAUAAAGAGUACUAUUUGUAAGAGCUGCACUUCUGCACUAUCUUAUGUGAAAGAUGUAAUCUAUCUUUCUUACCGUCAGAGACACUGUGAGUCAUUUGCACUUGUUUUAACUCAAUAUUCACUUUUUUUAUUUUACAUUGUUAAGGAGAAUGCUUACGUUAUCUUUGGUUUUGUAUUUAAUUCAUAUCAUGUGAGAGUUUGACCAAAUGUUUUUGAGUUAU